UCUUCAUUUUCGUCAUUUUCAUCCAAUUUUUUUUUAUCAUAUCUUCAUCUUCAUCUUCCUAGUCAUGUCGUAUGAUAGAGGGAAAGACUUAGCCGAGGGGUCGCCGGGAGAUAACUCCCCGGCGACUCCCAGCCGUUACGAGUCCCAGAAAAGACGGGACUGGAACACCUUCGGGCAGUACCUGAGGAAUCAGCGCCCACCCGUGGCGCUGUCUCAGUGUAACAGCAACCAUGUUUUGGAGUUCCUAAGGUACUUGGACCAGUUCGGAAAGACUAAGGUUCACUUACAAGGUUGCAUCUUUUACGGGCAACCGGAGCCGCCGGCGCCGUGCACGUGCCCGCUAAAGCAGGCGUGGGGGAGCCUCGACGCGCUCAUCGGCCGGCUCCGAGCCGCCUACGAGGAGAACGGCGGCUCACCCGAGACUAACCCCUUCGCCAGCGGCGCCAUUCGUGUCUACCUCAGGGAAGUGAAGGAAUGUCAGGCUAAGGCGCGUGGCAUUCCGUACAAGAAGAAGAAGAAGAAGCCCGCCGGCAUGGCCGCCGCCGACGAUGAUUCCAGUACCUCUUCCUCGCCGUUUUCUUGAUUUCCAAAAAAUUUCCGGCCACCACUGAAACCUAAGACAGGAACCUGCGGUGUGUUAAGGUACAUGCAUGGCUGUCUUCGGAGCUGGCAAAUUAAAACUCUUUCGCCAUUAUUAUUGCCGUUAUCAUUUGGUUAGUAAAUCCUUUUUUUUUUUCUUUUUUUCUUUCAAUUAGAUCUAUUAAUAUCAAUAAUAUUAAUUGUUGUCUUGGAACAAUAAGUACUAUAUAUAUAAAAAUAUAUAUAAUAUUGCAAGCUGGCUACUUUAGCCCCCAUCAUCUUAUGUUGUUUGUGAAUUCCUAAGAUUUUGUAAGAUCGCAAUCAAACUCGAUCAUGUAUAAAUUGAAUUUUGAUUUUAAUAUUGUUUUUAAGCAA